AGACCUACGGUAAUUCAGUUUUAACCAAUAAGCGGCAGUCUUUCAGUUUGAAUUUACAGGCGGUUGAAGUUCACAAGCUGACAGAUUCAAAGCUUGCCUGCAACGACUCGAGAUCGACAAGAGAUCGACUCCUACGUUCUCAGCCAUGUCGUCUAGGCGUGGGGAACGAACGCCGUUGAGAAAUGUGGAGAAUGAGAUGCACCUGCAAACCACAGCUUCAAGGCUAAGAUCAGUGUCCAAGUCCAGUAGCGAUGUCCAAUAUACUUUAAUGAAGGAUCAGGCAGCUGCUCGUUGCCUAGCAACCCCGCUCUCGCCCCGCCCUUCAAGUGAGCUCACGUGCACACAUUCUCCAGAAGUCGCUGAGAAGGCAUCUACCAUGGAGGACAACCAUGUCAAUCAUCCGUGUGGACCAGGAGUCGUCACUUUCGAAUCCAUUGUUUGUGCCAACGAUUCCUUUUCUGGACUGGGAGAUAUUACGUACAAAUCCCUCCUGUGUGCCGGCGGGGAGGUGGACAUUUCUGAAGGCACCAGCCUGGCUGCUGAGACAAUGUGUUUACCUGGGGACAGGUCAGAGUGGCUCACCUGCUCCCCGUACCACCACAGUGUUCAUCCUCCUGGCUUAAUGGAGGAACGUGACCCUAAGCCCAGCAGUGGCCAUACUGAGCACCCUUACUGUAACACAGAACAAGACAUGGCCGCCUUUAACACUGACCCUCCCUCUUACAAGGACUCGGUUAACUGUCCUGAUGACGAUGCUUUGGAAACUAGUGAGACGAGUGAGAAGCCUCCCAGUGCCAUGAGUGACGUCACCUUCAAAUCAUUUAGUUGCUGUGGAGGAGAGGUUGAAUUGUCUGACUCCAUCAGAAUGGGGGAGGAGACCAUCCCUUUACCCAAGGAUCAGUCUUCGAAUGGCCAAUCGCAAUGCGACAUCAGUCUAAACCCAAGCAUCUUAUUGGAUGAUGAGACUCUCAGUCACGCAGAUCACCCAUACUGCCAUUCGAGCAGUGAUGGUGUCACGUCCUAUAUUGGCCACCCUCAUAUGAUGAAGCCCUCUGUGGGAAACAUCUCUUUGAAAUCAGCAAAGGAUCUUGAAGCUGUUUCCUGUCAGCUCUUCCCAGAAUGCACCACACAGGAAGAAGUCAUUUGUCAGCCCAUCACAGAUUGUGGUGACAACCCUGCGUUCACACACAGCAGCACCACACGCGCUGAUGAUGAUGAUGAUGAUGAUGACGUUGAUGAUGAUGAAGCAGCCGAUGACCCAGACUUGCAAAGUGAAGUUGCCUCAGGAAUGACCGCGGCCCGAGACAGCGCCCUGGGUUCCAGCAGAACGGGUUCUCCGUGCCUGGAACCGGGGGUAGCCCCUCCCCCAGAGACCCUGCUGGACGUGGUGAGGGAACUCCCGGGGUUCUGCUCCGUAGCCGACGCUCUGCCCCUCUCUCUCCUCAGCCCCGUGCUCAGGGCCACCCCCGUCAACCGGAGGAAGUGUGACCGGCGGUCUGUUCGGGCCCUCGCUAGAGCGAUAGCAGAGGAGUCAGUUUUGGAGGUUGAGAAGAUCCUCGUGGGCAUCACUGAAGUAAGCUGUGUGGUCCCUGGUAACCCUGACAGCCUGUGGAACAGCAUCUGCCUGGAGAGCCCAGGGCUCCAUCCCCAGUUCAACUCCACCGCUCUGGGGGCCAGGUCUUCUUGCAAGCCCCUGCAAGCACCUCCGACCAGGGGGAAGGUGCUGCAAGAUCACCCGGAGAACGUUCUGGAGGUGGAGCCUUCGCAGGAUCAUGUAGCCCCUCAGGAUCAGAACACAGACACACUGGAGAAGACUGCGGAUGAUGAGCAGGAGGCAGGAGAGAAAAAUUCUUCUGCUGCACAGCCUCCUACCCAGGAGGAGGAAGAGAUGGAUCUUCCUCCAGUGGAGACGAGGACAGAUGGAGGAAGAACCUGCGCUCCUCUUCUUCCUCCUCCAUCUCAGAUGGACCAGCUGCCCCUCGGCUUCUCUCUGGUUCCUGGGCUCCCCCUCCAGCAGCAGCUCAAGCAGAUGGCCCACCUCCUCAUCCUGGCGUCCAACAGGGUGGGUGGGUCCACCCCCCCGGCUCCACCCCUCCCCAGGCUGGAGGAGCGCUGUGUGGGCACCAGCCCCCCCAGGCUGGAGGAGCGCUGUGUGGGCACCAGCCCCCCCAGGCUGGAGGAGCGCAGCUCCAACACCUCGGGGGUGUAUGAGAGGAAGAGGGAGGUGCUGGUGUCAGACGCCUGCACUGCCACUGACUCGCUGCUCUGGAACCCAGCCCCAGGCAGCCUGUCUGACUUCUCCAGAGCAGAGCUGGAGCAGCGACUGUCCUCCAGCCUGAUCAUGGUGGAGGCCCUGGCCCAGCAGCUGUCGACAUCCAGGGCGCCCACCUCCCUCCACGGGGGUCCCGGCCCCUCCAGCCUGAGGGACAAGAUCGUGCAGACGGACCACACCGAACUCAGACAGACUGUAACUUACAGGGAGCUGUAUGUUGCGUCCCUGGAGAGGAUCAGGGAUCUGGAGCAGGACCAGGCUGAUCUGCAGACACUGCGGCUCAGCAUGAUCAACACCAGGACCUGCAUGGCCAGCCUGAGUUCUCACAGUGAGGCAGUUCUGUCCAGCCUGCAGCAGAUGCUGAAUGAGGUCAAAUCAGACCACCACAGCCUCCUCUCACAGCAUGCUCAGGUGCGGAGCCUGUUUGAGCGCUGUCGUAGCAGCCAGUCCCAGAUGCUGCAGAAGACCAGAGACUGUCUGCAGCAGAGGGAGGAGAUGAGAGCCCAGAGGGACCAGGCCCUCUCUCAGCAGCAGGCGGCCUUCAGUGUGGUGGAGCAGUUGAAGGUGUCGAGUUCUGACAGGAUCUCAGAGCUGGAGAACAGCCUCGGCUCUAUCCAGGACCUCAGAGAUGCUCUGACCAGGACCUACCCUCAACAGGUUGCACUGAACAAGGCUUAUGUUGAAUCCUUCAGCUCAGCAUCUGAACUCUUAAGAGGAACUAUGAGUGACCAAGCCAGCCUGUACCAACAGCUCCAGUCAAGCAGGCGUCUCCUCCAGAAGACAUUCCCUCUGCUCAGCAGCCUGAACCAGAAAACUGCUGCUGCCAUCGCUGAGAGGGACCAGGCCCUGAUGGAGAGAGACCAGACCCAGGCCUCUCUCCAGCAGAGCAUGUCCAGCCUGCAGGAGAGCCAACAGCAGAACACAGACCUCCAGCUGCAGGUCACCAUCAUGACCUCAGAGAUGGGUGUGCUCCGGCAGAAGCUGGGUGAGGAGGAGGAGGAGCGUGCUGGUCUGGAGAGGAAGGUGGGGGAGCUCUCUGCUACGGUCUCCUCCAGCCUGGCCUCCUACGCCUUCCUGGAGCAGGCCCUCGCCGGGGAGUCCAGCCAGUUGCAGCAGGCCCAGCAGGAUGUGAAGAUAGCUACUGAGCGUGUUAAUGAGCUGCAGGCACGGCUGCAGCACAGUGAGCAGUAUGUGUGUGAGCUGGAGCGGGCCCUGCAGCACAGUGAGGAGGAGAGCAGAGGGCUCCAGGCCCUCAGCUGCAGCCAGGCCCUGCAGCUGCAGCAGCUGCCCCAGAUACACACUCAGCUCUGCAGCAUGAAGGAGAUGAACGAGUUCCUGCAGAUGGAGAGCGAGCUGGUGCGGCAGCAGAUUGAGGAGAGCGAGGCUGCGCAGAGGGCCACUCUGCACACGCUCAGGGAGAGGAACUUCCACAGUGAGGACCUGAGGAAGGCGCUCAGCCACGCCACUCUGGAGCAGCAGGCGCUGCGUGCUGAGCUGCAGAGCGUGCGUGAGGCAGGCAGCAGGGUCCAGGCAGAGCAGGAAGAGCAGCAGGCUCAGACGGUCACUAACAUCACCCUCCUACACCACACCCUCCGAGAACUGACCAACCAGCAGCAUGCUGCCCUCACCUCCCAGAAACCGUCCCAGGAGCAGCCCCCUGUGCCCCAGACCACCCCUCUGUUUGAGCAGCCCUCCCCCAGCUCGUUUGUGGACAGCAUCAUGGUUGCCCUGGCCAGAGGGCCGGAGGAAUGCCACACAGAGCCCCCUGCUGAACACAAUGUGGGUGGGUCCCAGUCUAAGGGUCUGGGCAGUAAGAACAGCGCCUUCUCCCGGGUCCCCCUGAAGAGGAGCCAGAGGAGCGACAGAGGGGACGAGAGGGGGGAAGCGAGGGAUGAAGAGGAGGAAGAGAGCGUGCUGGCUCUACUGGGAGACAUGGGUAACACUGUGACUGAGCUGGCCUCUACCCUCGCUCUGCUGCACCAGCACAAAGGCUCACAGCACAACACCAUCGGCGCCCUGCAGGGGGAGCUGCAGGCCCAGGCCUGCAAACACACAGAGGAAGUGUCUGAGCUGAGAGAGCAGAUGAGCAGACUGAGCAGCCAGGAGGAGAAGUGGGCUGCAGCGCUGCAGGACAGAGCCCAGGAGGAGAAGACCACCAUGCAGCUUCUAACUGACCUGGACGAGGCCAGAGAGCUGCUUCAGAGCCACAGGACUGAGAACACCGAGCUAAGUAAGGAAGUGUUUGAGCUUCGCCGCUCUCUCCACCAAUCAGAGGUGGAGGCCCAGGCAAUGAGGGAGGAACUCGGCAAAGGGGGCAGCCAAUCAGCAUCCUCCAUGAAUGCUAUGGACGACAAGAUCCGCCUUCUGAAAGAGGUUGAGAGACUGAGGAUGAGUCUGGUGGAGGUAGAGGAGGGGCGCUCCAGGCUGCUGGAUCGAGCCAAGAGACACCAAGUGGUGCAUGAGGCCAACCAGAGGAAGCUGGAGAAGGAGCUUCACCUGCUGGAUAACAUGAUCGAGGCCGUCAGGAAGACUCUGUUCUCUGUGCCGGACGUGGUACAGAACUGUGAGGAGCUUCGUAAACUGGCUGAAUACCUCGGAUGAAGACCUUAUAACACUUCAGAUAAAACCUUUUUUUUUUUUUGUGAAUUGUUUAUUGGAAAUAAUAAAAGCUGUUUUAAUACG